AAGGACUUCAAAAAAUUACGACUGGGUCUCUUUAAAUUUUGUAGUCUCAGUUCCAGAAAAGGACAUAUUUCUUGGUACAAUGAAGACACUCAUGUUUGUCAUUUGUUCUAUUAAAAAAAAAAAUGUUGAGGACAUUAAAUAUUCAUUUUAUGAGUUAGUAACAGUGGCCUAACUUUUUAAGCCCAUAUCUGAAAUUUUCCUCUAAAUCCUUUCAUUUAUAAUAAUAUCAAAGUAUUGUGUUAAUAGUUUUCUAGGCUUAACAUAACACAGAUCUUUCUGUGCUUUCUUAAACAGGAAUUUACAAUACCAUAGAGCAGGUACAAGAAUGUAAGGUAUUAUCAUGUAAAUUGCAUUUUAAGAGAACAGGCUGAUGGGGAUCUCCAGUCACUUCCCUGCCUGACCCAUCCACAAAGUCUAACAGAAACCUCUGACACAAGCCAGGCAGAUCCAAACUGCCUAGUGUGCCCCAGCAGCUCCCUAGACAUGAGAGGCCAGGGUUAGAAUUUCUGGUGCACAGGACCCAAAAAUGCCCUAAGAGACCAUGAAAACUGUGGAGUCUAUUCUACACCAGACUUUGGGCAAAAAGCAUACACAAAAUAACUACCCCCAGCACCCAUCACUGUGCUUUAUACAGAAUAGUUAUUGAGUUUGUGUGAAUGUUUGAGCCACCUAUUCUCAGACUUUCCUUAAGCAAAAUCUGGAAGUUACAUGCACAUUUCUAAUACUCAAUUAUCAGCAAUAAUUUGUAAUACCUCGUAUUUUAUUUAUCAAUACUAUUAUUUACAUGAAUAACAACUACUUUAUUAUCUGGUUUUGGGGAUCCAGACUAACAUGUAACACAACAGCUGGUCCUAAAAUUACAGAUUUUAACCAUAAUAAUAUUUUUUAUGACAAGAACUUGGUUUAGUCAGAGAUAUAUUCCAAAACCAAUACUUAAUACACAGUAGACUGAAAAUAGAUGACCAUUGAAUGCAUUUGGGAGUUUAACAAUACAUUUCCACAAUCUAUUUGCUCUACAAGGAGAAACAUACCAACUCUUAUUCUAGGAUUCAUGAAAUAUUAUGAAAAGAUAGGGAGGUGUCAUGGCUGCCCCAAGAGUCUAGGUAAGAGUUUGUUCCCGUGGUGCGGAGGGUCAAGGCCCACACCCGGAAACCUAGCGAGGUAAACUUGCGUCUUGGUUGUGGAGACGACAACUUCUCCGCUUCCUCGGCGAUGGUGGCGUCCGGGAGCGGUAUGGCCCAGAAAACCUGGGAACUGGCCAACAACAUGCAGGAAGCUCAGAGUAUCGAUGAAAUCUACAAAUACGACAAGAAACAGCAGCAAGAAAUCCUGGCGGCGAAGCCCUGGACUAAGGAUCACCAUUACUUUAAGUACUGCAAAAUCUCAGCAUUGGCUCUGCUGAAGAUGGUGAUGCAUGCCAGAUCGGGAGGCAACUUGGAAGUGAUGGGUCUGAUGCUAGGAAAGGUGGAUGGUGAAACCAUGAUCAUUAUGGACAGUUUUGCUUUGCCUGUGGAGGGCACUGAAACCCGAGUAAAUGCUCAGGCUGCUGCAUAUGAAUACAUGGCUGCAUACAUAGAAAAUGCGAAACAGGUUGGCCGCCUUGAAAAUGCAAUCGGGUGGUAUCAUAGCCACCCUGGCUAUGGCUGCUGGCUUUCUGGGAUUGAUGUUAGUACUCAGAUGCUCAAUCAGCAGUUCCAGGAACCAUUUGUAGCAGUGGUGAUUGAUCCAACAAGAACAAUAUCCGCAGGGAAAGUGAAUCUUGGCGCCUUUAGGACAUACCCAAAGGGCUACAAACCUCCUGAUGAAGGACCUUCUGAGUACCAGACUAUUCCACUUAAUAAAAUAGAAGAUUUUGGUGUACACUGCAAACAAUAUUAUGCCUUAGAAGUCUCAUAUUUCAAAUCCUCUUUGGAUCGCAAAUUGCUUGAGCUGUUGUGGAAUAAAUACUGGGUGAAUACGUUGAGUUCUUCUAGCUUGCUUACUAAUGCAGACUAUACCACUGGUCAGGUCUUUGAUUUGUCUGAAAAGUUAGAGCAGUCAGAAGCCCAGCUGGGACGAGGGAGUUUCAUGUUGGGUUUAGAAACGCAUGACCGAAAAUCAGAAGACAAACUUGCCAAAGCUACGAGAGACAGCUGUAAAACUACCAUAGAAGCUAUCCACGGAUUGAUGUCUCAGGUUAUUAAGGAUAAACUGUUUAAUCAAAUUAACAUCUCUUAAACAGUCUCUGAGAAGUACUUUACCUGAAAGACAGUAUGAGAAAAAUAUUCAAGUAACACUUUAAAACCAGUUACCCAAAAUCUGAUUAGAAGUAUAAGGCGCUCUGAAGUGUCCUAAAUAUUAAUAUCCUGUAAUAAAGCUCUUUAAAAUGAAAAAAAAGAAAAGAAAAGAAAA